AUGUCCGCGGGGAGCGCAACGCAUCCUGGAGCCGGAGGACGCCGCAGCAAAUGGGACCAACCAGCUCCAGCCCCCCUUCUCUUCCUUCCACCGACGGCCCCUGGCGCAGAGGUCACCAGCAGUGGAGGGAGCCCUGGGGGCUCCGCAGCUGCUCCCUCGGGAGCCUUGGAUGCUGCCGCUGCAGUGGCUGCCAAGAUCAAUGCCAUGCUCAUGGCAAAAGGGAAGCUCAAACCAACUCAGAACGCUGCUGAAAAGCUUCAGACCCCUGGCAAAGGCCUGACUAGCAAUAAAAGCAAAGAUGACCUGGUAGUAGCUGAAGUAGAAAUCAAUGAUGUGCCUCUUACGUGUAGGAACUUGCUGACUCGAGGACAGACUCAAGACGAGAUCAGCAGACUUAGUGGGGCUGCAGUGUCAACUCGAGGGAGGUUCAUGACAACUGAGGAGAAGGCCAAAGUGGGACCUGGAGAUCGUCCAUUAUAUCUUCAUGUUCAAGGCCAGACCCGGGAAUUAGUAGAUAGAGCAGUAAACCGAAUCAAAGAAAUUAUCACCAAUGGGGUAGUGAAAGCUGCCACAGGGACAAGCCCAACUUUUAAUGGUGCAACAGUCACUGUCUAUCACCAGCCAGCACCCAUCGCUCAGUUGUCUCCAGCCGUUAGCCAGAAACAACCUUUCCAAUCAGGGAUGCAUUAUGUUCAAGAUAAAUUAUUUGUUGGUCUAGAACAUGCUCUGCCCACUUUUAACGUCAAGGAGAAGGUGGAAGGUCCUGGCUGUUCCUAUCUGCAGCACAUUCAGAUUGAAACAGGUGCCAAAGUCUUUCUACGGGGCAAAGGUUCAGGCUGCAUAGAGCCAGCAUCUGGUCGAGAAGCUUUUGAACCUAUGUAUAUUUAUAUCAGUCAUCCCAAACCAGAAGGCUUAGCUGCUGCCAAGAAGCUCUGUGAGAAUCUCUUGCAAACAGUUCAUGCCGAAUAUUCUAGAUUUGUGAAUCAGAUUAAUACUGCUGUACCUUUGCCAGGCUAUACACAACCCUCUGCUAUAAGUAGUGUCCCUCCUCAACCACCAUAUUAUCCAUCCAAUGGCUAUCAGUCUGGUUACCCUGUUGUUCCCCCUCCUCAGCAGCCAGUUCAACCUCCCUAUGGAGUACCAAGCAUAGUGCCACCAGCUGUUUCAUUGGCACCUGGAGUCUUGCCAGCAUUACCUACUGGAGUCCCACCUGUGCCAACACAAUACCCGAUAACACAAGUGCAGCCUCCGGUUAGCACUGGACAGAGUCCGAUGAGUGGUCCUUUUAUUCCUGCUGCUCCUGUCAAAACUGCCUUGCCUGCUGGUCCCCCGCCCCAGCCCCAGCCCCCACUCCCAACUCAACCUCAGGCACAGAAGAGGCGAUUCACAGAAGAGCUACCAGAUGAACGAGAAUCUGGACUUCUUGGAUACCAGCAUGGACCCAUUCAUAUGACUAAUUUAGGUACAGGCUUCUCCAGUCAGAAUGAGAUUGAAGGUGCAGGAUCGAAGCCGGCAAGUUCCUCAGGCAAAGAGCGAGAGAGGGACAGGCAGUUGAUGCCUCCACCAGCCUUUCCAGUGACUGGACUAAAACCAGAGAAUGAUGAAAGGAAUGGUUCUGGGACCUUGACCGGGAGCCAUGAUUAUCCUGCCAAGAAGAUGAAAACUACAGAGAAAGGUUUUGGUUUGGUAGCAUAUGCUGCAGAUUCAUCUGAUGAAGAGGAGGAACACGGAGGUCAUAAAAAUGCAAGUAGUUUCCCACAGGGCUGGAGUUUGGGAUAUCAGUACCCUUCAUCACAACCACGAGCUAAACAACAGAUGCCAUUCUGGAUGGCCCCCUAG